AUGGCUUACUCCAUAAAGCAUUCAUUCCUCUUGAUUUCCACUCUCAUGAUUCUCAGACUCCAAUUCUCUUCUGCCAUUAAAGGUGGCUAUUGGUAUUCUGAUAGUGGCCUUGCAGCUUCUGAUAUUAAUCCCUCUUAUUUCACUCACUUGUUCUGUGCAUUUGCUGACCUUGAUGCUACUACCUAUCAAGUCACCAUUUCUCCUGCAAACGCAGCUAGAUUCUCGACUUUCACUCAAACUGUCCAAGCAAAGAGUAGUUCAGUGAAAACCCUUUUAUCAAUUGGUGGUGGGGGUGGUUCUGCUUUGGCACAAAAUUUUUCCAAAAUGGCUAGUCAGGCCAGUCGCCGAAAAUCGUUCAUAGAUUCUUCAAUCCAACUAGCCAGAAAUAACAACUUUCAUGGCCUUGAUCUUGACUGGGAGUAUCCAUCCUCAGACACAGACAAGACCAACUUUGGUUCACUCAUCAAGGAGUGGAGAGCUGCCGUGGCCGCAGAGUCUAGAAGUUCUGGCAAGCCAGCACUUCUGCUAUCUGCUGCAGUCGGUGGCUCUGAUCAGAUCACUCCAUUGAAGUACUACCCAGGUCCGGAUAUUGCAAACAACUUGGAUUGGAUCAAUGUAAUGACUUAUGACCUUUUCACCUCAGAUGGUAAUCCAACCGUGACACAAGCACCCGCUCCUUUGAAAAAUCCAACAGGCCAAUUCAGUGCAGAUGAAGGUAUCACUAAAUGGAUUGGGUUAGGAGUGCCAAAAAGCAAGAUAGCAUUGGGUUUACCUUUCUAUGGUUUCAAGUGGGCUUUGUCAGAUCCUAAUAACCAUCGAAUUUUCUCGAAAGCUACACAGGGACUUGGGGUAGUGAAGUAUAAGGAUAUAAAAAACGCCGGGGCGCAGAUUGUUUACAAUUCCACAUAUACUACUACUUACGCCUUCAAAGGGACAGAUUGGUAUGGAUAUGAUGACACUCAGAGUACAGCUAACAAGGUUUCUUAUGCCAAGCAAAAUGGAUUGUUUGGAUAUUUUGCUUGGCAUAUUGAACAAGAUAGCAACUGGGCACUUUCUGAUGCAGCUUCUCGAUCAUGGGGGGCCUAGUAAUGGAUUGUAGACAGAGAUGCUGCAAACUGAAGAGGGAACAAAGGUUUUGAGUUAUCUACAUUAUAGUAAAGUUAUGACCUUUCUAGUUUCCAUUCUCUCAUGUAAUAAUAAAAAAUAAGAAUAAGAUAUCGAAGGAUCUAUAGUUAUAAAAGAAAGAACUCUUACUUGGCU